AUGAAGAAGCUGAUUGGUUCCUGCAGUCUAAUUGGUGCCACGCCCUGCUGUUCAGCUGACUUCUGUCUGCCUGCAUGUGAGAAGGACUCUCAGUGUGGAGGUGGCAUGUGUUGUGCAGUCAGCCUGUGGAUCCGGAGCCUGCGAAUGUGCAUCCCAAUGGGUCAUGUGGGAGAAGACUGUCAUCCAAUGAGCCACAAGGUGCCGUUCUUUGGCAAGAGACUUCAUCAUACAUGCCCUUGUCUGCCUAACCUCGCCUGCAUUGCCAUAGCUGAUGCCAAGUCCAAAUGCCUCCCACCAUUUCCAUUCCAGGAUCAGUACCUCUGAUGAAGAUAUUUGCCUGUGUGUACCUUGCAAAAUGUCUGUAUAAAGUGUAUAGAUGUAAAAGUG